UCUUCCCACAGCUCUGGUCCUUUCAGUGCCAGCAGCUUCAGAGAACCAAGAAGCCCCUUCGAAGAUCUUGGUUCUUCGGGAGAGAAGAUGGAGGACAAAGAUGCAGCAGGAAAAGGACUUUGUGACACUCUGGUUGAGAGCUGCAAAAAACUUGGCCAAAAGACCAGACAGAAUGUCCUGGAAGAAGGAACCCUCCCUUGGGAGGUCCAGCACCAGCAAUUCAAGGGAUUCUGCUACCUGGAAACCCAGGGACCCCGAGAAGCUUGCAGCCACCUCCACCGCCUUUGCCUUCAAUGGCUGAAGCCAGAACGGAACACCAAGGCGCAGAUGCUGGACCUGGUGCUCCUGGAGCAGUUCCUGGCCGUCCUGCCCUCGGAGAUGGCCGACUGGGUGCGGGAAUGUGGAGCCGAGACCAGCUCCCAGGCAGUGGCCCUAGCCGAAGGCUUCCUCCUGAGCCAGGCAGAGGACAAAGGGGAGGAGGGAGGUUCCAAUGGUCCCAAAGUAAAGGGGGAUCCAUCUCUUACUUCUCAGGAGACAUUCUUUGGGGAGAUCUCCCAGGAGGAACAAGCUCAAGAUAUCUUACCAGGGGACUGUACAACAUCAGUGGAACUUCUUGAAACAUAUCCUUUUUCUGGUGGAGGAGCAAGAGCAAUUCAGCUUCCAGCUCAGGGGCCUGUGUCCUUCCAGGAGGUGGCGGUGUGUUUCACAGAGGAGGAGUGGGCUCUGCUGGAUUCCACCCAAAAAGCCCUCCAUGGGGAAGUCAUGCGGGAGAAUUCUAGAAAUGUGGCUUCUCUGGAAGGAGAUAAGCAGAAAACUCUGAAUCAGGAGCUAGAUAUGAUGACGUCAGAAACAGUCCAUCAAGAAGUGGGACGAGAGACAUUUGAAAGUCAGUGGAGAUCAAAGCUACACAAGGAAUACCACCCUAAGUGUAUGGGAGAUAAAUCAUCCCCUUCCCAAUGUGUGGACUUCCAUGAGUUCUUGACCGAACAGGAACUCACAGGAAAUGGAUCUGAGAAUUGUCUACUGCAUAGGACAAUAAAAAAUAAGUUGGACAUAGAUAAUCAUUGUGCAACCAAGACUAAACACAACCAUAAUGAAUGGAGAAAACCUGAAACAUCUUUCAGACAAACCUUCCCUCCUUCUUCAUGUCAAGAAACCCACAUUGGGGAGAACUCCUAUAAAUGCACAGAGUGUGGAGAGGAGUUCAGUGAUCCAGCUAACCUUGCUUCCCAUAAAACAAUGCAUACAGGUAAAAGAGUGCAUAAAUUCCCAGAGCAUGGAAAAAAGAGCUUAAAGCAGAGUAGGCCACUUAAUGCCCAGGCAAAGCUUCACAAUGAGAAACCAUAUCAAUGCAGGGAGUGUGGAAAAUGUUUCAGGAGUAGCAGUCACCUUACUUCCCAUCAAAGGAUUCACACAGGAGAAAAACCAUAUAAAUGUAUAGAGUGUGGAAACAGCUUUAGGCAACGCAGUCAUCUUAUUUCUCACAGAAGGAUCCACUCAGGUGAAAAACCAUAUAAAUGCAUUGAGUGUGGAGAGAGCUUCAGGUUGAGCAGUCAGCUUACAUAUCAUAUGUGGAACCACACAGGGGAGAAGCCAUAUAACUGCACAGAAUGUGGAAAAAGUUUCAGCAACGUCAGUUCCCUUACUUGCCAUAAAACUAUCCACACAGGAGAGAAACGAUAUAAAUGCACGGAAUGCGGAAAGAGCUUCAGGAACAGCAGUCAUCUUACUUCCCAUAAAAGGAUCCAUACAGGGGAGAAACCAUAUAAAUGCACAGAGUGUGGGAAGAGCUUCAGAGACAGCUCUGCCCUUGUUUCUCACAGAACAAUCCACACAGGAGAGAAACCAUAUAAAUGUAUGGAGUGUGGAAAGAGCUUCAGCCAGGGAUACUCCCUGACUUCCCAUCAAAUGAUCCAUUCAGGGGAGAAACCAUACAAAUGUAUGCAGUGUGGAAAGAGCUUUAAAUGGAAUAGUCACCUUACUUCCCAUCAAAGGAUCCAUACAGGAGAAAAACCAUAUAAAUGUAUGCAGUGUGGAAAGAGCUUCAAGAAUAGGAGUAAUCUCACUAGCCAUAAAAGGAUCCACACAGGAGAAAAACCAUAUAAAUGCAUAGAGUGUGGAAAGUGCUUCAGAGGCAGCUCUGCCCUUAUUUGCCAUAGAACAAUCCACACAGGAGAAAAACCGUAUAAAUGUAUGGAGUGUGGAAAGAGCUUCAGCAGGGGAAGUUCCCUUACUUUCCAUAAAAGGAUCCACACAGGGGAGAAACCAUAUAAAUGUAUGGAGUGUGGAAAGAGCUUCAACCAGAGUAAUUCCCUUAUUUUCCAUAAUAGUAUCCACACAGGGGAGAAACCAUUUAAAUGUACCGACUGUGGAAAGAGCUUCAGCAAAGAAGGUUGCUUUACUUCCCAUAAAAGGAUCCACACAGGGGAGAAACCAUAUCAGUGUAUGGAGUGUGGAAAGACAUUCAGGUUGAACAGUCAGCUUACAUCUCAUCAAAGGAUCCACACAGGAGAAAAACCAUAUCAUUGUAUAGAGUGUGGAAAGACAUUCAGAUUAAGCAGUGAUCUUACUUCCCAUAAAAGGAUCCACACAGGGGAGAAACCAUAUCAAUGUAUGGGAUGUGGAAAGAGUUUCAAGCGUAGUGGCGAUCUUACUUCCCACAAAAGGAUCCACACAGGGGAGAAACCAUAUCAAUGUAUGGAGUGUGGAAAGACCUUCACAAUGAGAUCUUCCCUGACUUCCCACAAAAGGAUCCACACAGGGGAGAAACCAUAUCAGUGCACCGAGUGUGGAAAGUGCUUCCGUGAAAAUGGGUCUCUUACUAUUCAUAAAAGGAUCCACACAGGAGAGAAACCCUAUUUAUGUAUGGAGUGUGGAAAGACGUUCAGGUUGCGUAGUCAGCUUGCAUCUCAUAAGAGAAUUCACAGGAUUUAAUGCAUGAGGUGUGGAUUGUAGGAGAAAAAAUGGCAUUGCUUAGAACAGGCAAAACAUCCCCUUCCCUAAAAUACCUUCCCAGGGACGUGGGCAACAAUAACCCUCUCAGCUCAGCCAUUAAAAGCUGUGGAAGGCCCAGGAAUGUUGAUAAAGGUGGGAGAAGACACUGAGAGGUGAGCAAAGACUCUGGGAAGCAAGGCCAGUAUAGAAUAAGCCAUAAAAACUUCCUUAGAAACUUACUAUGUUCAUGUAACACAUUGUUCUCUCAAAUAGACCAUUAUUUUUGUAAUUCUAUCCCAUUACCUCAUAGAUUCCACUUCAUAUCCGACCUCACUAACCAAGGCACCCAUUGUAUACAUGCUUAACUCAAUUAUUUUGGACAAUCGUAUGUAUAUUCUAAUUUGUGUAAGUGUAUAUAGAGGAAUUGCCUCCCUGCCUCUUUAGAUUUUGUUUCUGCUGUCUCCAGUACUAUAAUAAAUAUAUUCUUUGGUGGA